UUUCCCCCUAACGGCCGCCUUAAAAGCUUCAGAGAGAAGCAGGAUGUAGGACCGUUACACAUCAACAUGGCCCUCCAAGGUCCGUUCUCUCUUCUCAUGUCGACGGUUUAGGGGAUAGGUGUUGGCGGGGAUAGCCUGACGUCUUGAAAAUGUCGACCAUCCUGGAUGCGGCGUCCAAGGCGAAAUGGAACCACAGGAUAGCCAAGCGAGCCGUGUGUGUGGUGGCUGCUGCCUACGCUGUCAAAACAUUGUACCCUAUCAUCUACAGGCAAGUUUGCAAAAAUAAACCGACUGAAAACGGUGCUACAUGUCCGGUCAUAUCGCGUAAAGAUGUUACGGAUCCGUCAAAGACGUCCCCUGGGGUCAACGCCGAAUUCUUCAAGCAGAUGCUCGAACUUGCUAAAAUCCUCUUCCCCAAACUAGUGUCCAAAGAGAUCGGCUUACUCUCCUUGCAUUCAGUGGCGCUCGUUUCCAGGACCUUUUUGUCUAUAUACGUUGCCAGCUUGGAUGGGAAGAUUGUUAAAAGCAUCGUGGAGAAGCAACCCAAGAGCUUCAUCAUCCAGCUGAUCAAAUGGCUCCUCAUCGCCAUCCCUGCCACCUUCGUCAACAGCGCCAUCCGCUUCUUGGAGUGCAAGCUGGCGCUGGCCUUCCGCACCCGGCUGGUGCACCAUGCCUACAAGACCUACUUCACAGACCAGACCUACUACAAAGUCAGCAACAUGGACGGGAGGCUCUCCAACCCGGACCAGUCGCUCACAGAAGAUGUCCUCAUGUUCUCCCAGUCUGUGGCCCAUCUUUACUCCAACCUCACGAAGCCCAUCCUGGAUGUGGUGCUCACUUCUUACACGCUCAUCCAGACCGCUCGGUCCAGGGGAGCCAACGCCAGUGGACCUACGCUACUGGCCGGCCUGGUGGUCUUCGCCACCGCUAAGGUUCUUCGGGCUUGCUCGCCUAGAUUUGGCAAGCUGGUGGCCGAGGAGGCUCACAGGAAGGGCUAUUUGCGCUAUGUGCACUCCAGGAUUAUCGCCAACGCAGAGGAAAUAGCCUUCUACAGGGGCCAUAAGGUGGAGAUGCGUCAGCUCCAAAAGUGCUACCGCGCCCUGGCGGAACAGAUGAACCUGAUCCUCUCCAAGCGUCUGUGGUACAUCAUGAUCGAGCAGUUCCUCAUGAAGUACGUGUGGAGCAGCUGUGGCCUCGUCAUGGUGGCUGUGCCCAUCAUCACGGGCACCGGAUUCGCAGACAACGAAACAGCUGAUGGUCGCAAACACCUGAUGGUGAGCGAGAGGACGGAGGCUUUCACCACCGCACGCAACCUUCUCGCCUCGGGAGCGGACGCCAUCGAGAGGAUUAUGUCAUCCUACAAAGAGAUCACAGAGCUGGCAGGCUACACGGCGCGGGUCCACAACAUGUUUGUGGUGUUCCAGGACGUCCAGAGGGGCGUCUACAAGCGCUCCUCUCUCACGGCCGCUACGGGAGGGGAGAAGAAGAGCAAGCCCGAGAUGCACAUUGACGGACCACUGGAGAUCAAGGGGGAAGUAAUCGACGUGGAUAACGGCAUCGUGUGUGAAAACGUCCCGAUCAUCACGCCUAACGGCGACGUGGUCGUGUCAAGUCUCAAUGUCAAGGUGGAAGAGGGAAUGCACCUAUUGAUCACCGGACCGAACGGCUGCGGUAAAAGCUCCCUCUUUCGUAUCCUCAGCGGUUUGUGGCCUGUGUACGGCGGGCGCCUCCAUAAACCGUCUCCUCAGCAUAUGUUCUACAUCCCUCAGAGGCCCUACAUGUCCAUGGGCUCCCUACGCGACCAGGUCAUCUAUCCAGAUUCAGUGGAAGACAUGGCCGCCAGAGGCCUCAACGACAAGGACAUGGAGGCCAUCUUGGACAUUGUCAACCUCAACCACAUUGUCACCAGGGAGGGAGGCUGGGAUGUCGAACUGGACUGGAAGGACGUGUUGUCUGGAGGCGAGAAGCAACGGAUGGGCAUGGCACGCAUGUUCUAUCACAAGCCUAAAUACGCCCUGUUGGACGAGUGCACCAGCGCUGUGAGCAUCGACGUGGAGGGCAAGAUUUUCCAGGCCGCCAAGGACGCCGGCAUCUCCUUGCUCUCCAUCACGCACAGACCUUCGCUAUGGAAGUACCACACGCACCUGCUGCAGUUCGACGGCGAGGGCGGCUGGCGCUUCGAGCAGCUGGACACGGCCACGCGCCUCUCGCUCACCGAAGAGAAGCAGCGCCUGGAGAGCCAGCUGGCCGGCAUCCCCGAGAUGCAGCAGCGCCUCAACGAGCUCUGCAAGAUCCUGGGCGACGACUCGGUGCUCAGAACAGCCGAGCAGUGAGGGUAGGGGGAGGGAGGGUGAAAAGGGGAGUAGCUUUCCUCUGCCCCCCCACACACACUUAUUUUAUAUUAUUUUCCAAUUAUGCGAGCGUAUUAUAUCAAAAAUCCUCCAUUUUAAGCAGCAAAAAUAAGAAGCACAUUUUGUCAACUUGCUUGACAUUUAUAACAAAAUGUGAUUUUGUUGAACAGAUUUUUAAUUGAUUUAACUUUAAUAUUAAUUUAUUUUAAGUAGCACUUUAUUCUACCUGUGGUAUUUUAAAUAGUUUAAUAUACAGUUAUUACUAAAUUAAGCAGUAUUUCAGCAGUUUCUUCUUUAUUUCGAUUCUAUCAUGCUAAAUUUGUUCGUCUUUUUUAAUGUCACGGCAUGCCUUUUUUUUGUGCAGAAUGAAAUUCUUUAAUGAUGUCUUAGCCCGUUUCUUUCCCCGAGCAGCUGCCUUUUUCCAGUUUUUGCCUCAGGCUGCAAGCCCACUCAGACUUACAGAAUAAAUCAUCUAAAAAGUCUAUUAUUGGAGCGAUUAGUGAUGCAGGUCUGGCCCCGAAAACUGAAGGCUUUCUUGGUUUCCCGAGCAAACACAAUGAGCUAAAGAGGCCCCAUCUGCGGAGCAAGCAGCUGACCCUGGGGGUCAUGUGACCACACAAUUAGCUGGUCUUCUAGAGGUUGCACCUUUUCAACAUUUUGGUAUGGUACAGCCUUAUUUCAAAGUGGAAUAAAUUCACUUUUUGUCCUCACACUUCCACACACAAUACCCCAUAAUGACAAUGAGAAAAAGUGUGAUUUCUUUGUUUUUUAUUUUCAAUACAUUUGCAAAAAGCUGUCAAAAACGUUUUCACAUUGUCAUUAUGGGGAUUGUGUGUAGAAUUAUGAGGACAAAAAAAUUUGGAAUUAGGCUGUAACAUAAUAAAAUGUGGAAAAGGUGACGUGCUAUGAAUACUUUAUGGAUGCACUGUAUGUCAUAAUCCCACAUGACAGUUUGGACAAGGUUUAUUACUUUCCUAUGUUUAGAGUAACUUCCUGUCCUGGUGCUCUUGUUUUGUUAGUAUUUCCUGUUUGAUCUCUGUGUUUUAAAGCACUUUUAUUUUCUGUUCCUUGCCCUGCCAGCACACCUGUUCCUCAUUGAUUCAUUCCAUUUAAGUUUCACCUGGUUCCCUCUUUCAGGGCUGGAUCAUCAUACUCCAUAGGCUGUUUAUUGUGCUUGGUUCCUGCAUAACCUUCCCUAUGCUUCUGGUGCACUUCCCAGCUGCACCAUAGCUUUUGUUUUGUCAUUACAUAUACUUAAACCUGCACACCGGCUCCUGCGCCCGCAUCUCGGGGUCACAAACACUGCGACGAUGCGCAUCCGUAACAGAAUGAUCCAGCCAUGAAAGAGAGAACCAGCUGGAAUUAAAUGGAAGUAAUUAACAGUGAGGAACAUGUGUGCUGGUACGACAGGGAACAGAAAAUGAAGGUGAUUCAAAACACAAGGGACCAAACAGGAAAUACUGACAAAACAAGAGCACCAAGACAAGAAGUGAAACUAAACACAGUCCAGACUGUCAUGUGGGGUCAUGACAGGUUAUCCUGGUCAUAUUUUAGUUUUAUAAUAAUUAAAAAAUAACUAAUAAUAUACAUAAAUAAAAUAGAAAUAAUUUAAUUAUAUAUACAAUUAUUAUAAUUGAAAGCUGAUCAUGAACUAGGACGACAGCAAAACCCAACAGCGCCAAAUCCUGCACCUUUCACAUCAAGAUUCUAUGAAAUGAAGUAAAACGUCGGGCCAGAACAUCAUUGUUCACCUCUUCUGUAAGCGGAGGUUGCAAUACUGCAAAAUGUUUGUUACGUUAUUUUGUCCGAAACUGACUUGAGGACGCGUUGGGAGUGCCGCAGUAAAUUUGAGCCCUUUUUCCCGCAGCAACACAAGGGCUGAGGCUCAGCUAGAAUGCCGUAAACAAAAAUAUUAAUGUCAUGUUGCUGUUUAUUUUACUACUUUUAAAAAUGAAUUUUCCCAGUGAAAUGAGUGAAAAAGUUCAACCGGUGGAACAAAAAAGUGUGACAAAUAUGCUGCCCCGCUCAGGAAACUGGCUGCUACUGACAUACACACAAGUUUCUCCCACAAAAUGUGACUUUUACUCGCCUUUUAAUCAACGCGUAAUCACAUGAUGUCAUGCUGUAUUGUAUGAGGGUUAUUACCUUGUUCAGCUGGAGCAUCCGUAGUUGCCAUGGCGACACCAUUCACAUCUUGUUAGUCAGACUCUAUUGACAGGAGGCUGAAGGAGCCUCUGGAUGACAUGGAGUCUUGAGGGAAUACUGGGGAAUCUUUCCACACGCACACAAAAAAAGCCCACCGCCGCCGGCCUAAUUAACCUCAUGACAAACAUUCGUCCUAACGUCCUAGUUGUGACGGACAUGAUGUUUUGUUGCAUGCAUCUUCCCUGUUCUGUGCAGCUUUAGAAGACAAGUCCGGAUCUUUUUGCAGUGACAAUAACAAUGGGAUGACAUCCUUACUGGCGUCCCAUGUUUAAGUGGAACAUCGAAUGUAUCUACAAUGUGCAAAUGCUCGGACAAUUUGGACAAUUCUCUGUUCCGCGUGCAUGUAGUGUUGAUUUAACACAACCAUAGUCCGUUACGUAGAUGUCAUUUAGUGGAAACGAGAGCAGGGAAUGUCCACGUAUAAUCUUACUUUGCAGUACUGUUACAUUAUAUGACCUUCUUAAUGUGCAUGGGUUGGCGUGUGUGCGAGUUCAUCCUACAAACAAGAGUGAAGAUGUAUUUUCUUGUAAAUAAAAGCAUUUUAUGCAAAUAA